AUGGAAAAGAACAGUUUUUUCAUCCAAUAUAAUAAGCAAUUCUAUGUUAAGAUGAUAGAUCAAUUAAGUUUUACAAUAUUAGAGUAUUUGAUAUCAUUUGUUGAAUCGAAUGUUGAUCGAUGUUGUUUCGCAUUGACGUGUAAGAAACUUUUCAAUCAACGUAAUCGAUACCUUCAUUUCAAAAUUGAAGAUCUGCAUUUCAAUCGAACCCAUUACAAUCAUUUGUAUCGUUAUAGAAUAUCACCAUCUGUUCUAUCUAGUUUCAGAGAGCAAGUACUACGUUCCAUAGAAUCAUCCGACGGCUUUAAGAUUAGAGAUAUCACACAAUUCGAAGAAGACUAUCGAAGAGACAAGUCUGUACCUUAUGAUAUUGAUACCGAUGCCAUUAGAAUAAACUAUAGUAUUCCAUUGCCUUUGUUAUGUCUACCCAGUAAUCUAAGAUAUUUGGAAUUCGGUUACAAUUUUAAUCAACCUAUUGCACCCGAUGUAUUACCAAGCACUCUGAGGAUUAUGAAAUUUGGUUUACAUUAUAAUCAGGUGAUUAAGCCAGGUGUAUUACCUUCGGGGCUAACUCAUCUGACAUUGGGAAUGUGUUUCAAUCAAUUGUUGGAUGUUGGUGCGCUUCCACAAGAAUUGGAAUUCUUAGAGUUUGGACAUGACUAUGACCAACCGAUUCUGGAGGGUGUUCUACCCUCGAAUAGAUUGAAAACAUUGAUAUUCAACGGUGUGUUCAAUCAAGUCAAUAUAAACAUACCAAACACCGUAACGACACUCAGGUUUCAGAUAGACCAAACACGGCCAAACAGUAAGAUCGACGUGCUACUACCUGGUAGACUUGAACAUCUAACGAUUCUACACACCGAUGACUCUCCUGGUAUCGAACGGUUGAACCGACAACUCUUUUACUCAUCGUUCCUACAGACCUAUAUAUGUUAUCCUCUUGAUUUCAGUGAAGAUGACACCAAGAUAGAGUUGGGAUGUCCACCGAAUAUCAAGGUAUUGAAAUCACAUUCGGCAAACAGAAUGAUAGGUAUAUUGGCCGGUCAACUAUCGGAUUCGAUCGAGGAACUAGGUAUAUCGAAACUACAAACACUCAGAGACAUUGACCCAGGCAUUGGAUAUCCGCAUCAUAAAGUCAGAUGGAACGAUAUGCCGCGCUCAUUAAAGAAACUGCAUCAAACAACUACACCAUACGAAGACUUGACCAAAACUACAUGA